AUGGUCAAAGUAACGCAAGCUCGGUGGGGAGAUGAUACCUCGGUGCCGUGUGCAAACUCCACAUAUCCUGGCACAGUCCUUCUACCGCGGACAACUACUAUAGACUCAAGCCAGGUAACAGACCAAGUAAGGAACCGCUGCUCAAAGCAGCAGAACUGUGAAGUGGAAGCAAGCAGUCCUUUUCUUGGCGAAGGUGCUGUUGGUUCCGCAAAAUACCUUAGAGUCUGGCAUGAGUGCAUUCCUGAUGCCUCUGACAUCUUGACUUCAUGGAGAGCAAAAAGAGACAUCAUAAUGCAAAGGAGAGGAUUCUCCGCUUCAAAACCGAGUGGCACUGGACCUGAACGUCUGAAAUCGUACGAGGAGGGCUUAGGAACUAGUGGUUCCUUAGAGGUGCAGCAGAGCUUUUUGGGGGGCAAAAGCAACAAGCAAAUCAUAGCCAAUAGAAAUGAAUCCGUGGCAAGGAAGGAAAAGAGGAACGGCGGAAGUCAGGAGAGUGCAAAUUUGGCCAGAAUGCUGGAUAAACUGUUAGCACCAUCCUCUCUAAACAAGUGA